AUGCAAGAACCAACCUAUGACCCGAGCCGGCCCAGGCCCAUCCUGAGCAUAGUCUACGCCUACAAGCUCGUCAAUUGUCCCGGCAAAACAAUCGUUGGGUUACGGGUGGAAUUCCCCCCGAACGGAUCGACCCCUCCCCACCGGCAUGGCGGCGCCUCGGUCUCUGCCUAUGUGCUCAGCGGCACGGUGCUCAACAAAAUGAACAACGACCCGAUGAAGGUUAUCGAGGCGGGAGGCACCUGGUAUGAAGCUCCGGGUUGCCAUCACCGCAUCAGCGACAACGCUAGUGCGACUGAGCCGGCCGCCCUGCUGGUGGCCAUGGUCCUAGACUCGGAUGUGUAUGACCGUGAUGGGCUGGCAGCGCUGAUCCAGAUCGAUGAGGAGUAUCGGUAG